AUGAAAUUAUUUGACCAAUUUAAAGAUGCAAUAUUGGAUGAACAAAAAGAAGAUAUUGCAUUGACCACAUCUUAUAUCAAUAAUUACCCUCCCAAAAAACUAGCGCAACUUGGAUUGGGAAUAAUCAAUUUACAAAUUGUCAAUAUUCGAACAGGAUUAGGUGGGAAGACUAUAUUAGAACUACAGUUUGAUUCAGCCUUUUCUGAUGGAGAAAUUAACACUUCGACAUUACGCACGGGGGAUAUAGUAAAAUUGGCUAAAAUGACAUCGUCAGCAUUGAGCAACAAGUCAGAGAAAAAGAAGCCAUCAAAGAAUCACAAGGAAGAGUCCCAAACCCAAGACCAGUCAGAUGUUGGUAUUGAAGCAGUUGUAAUAAAAGUUUCCACACAAACGAUAUCAAUCUCUGUCGAUGAAUCAACUGAUGAUUCCAAAAUUUUACAGUAUUACAAUAAUACCAAUGAUCUGGCAAGAAUGUGGUUGGUCAAAUUAACCAAUUCUAUAACAUAUAAACGAAUGAUUACCACCAUGGACAAAGUUCUUGCAAUGAAGGAAAGUGAUAAAAAUGAUAUUCACAAGAUUUUGUUAGGCGAAAGCCAGUAUAUACCGAAAUCCAAUGGCACAAGCAAUAACAACAAUGGGGAGAUCAAUUUUUUCAAUGAUAAAUUAAACGCAUCACAACGACAAGCCAUUGACUUUGCAAUUAAUGAUUCCAACAUAACUAUUAUUCAUGGACCACCAGGAACGGGCAAAACGUAUACUUUAAUUGAACUAAUUCAACAAUUGACAUCAAAAGGAGAAAAAGUUUUGGUUUGUGGUCCGUCAAACAUUUCUGUCGAUACCAUUUUAGAGCGACUUGGAGAUAAAUAUGAACCAAUGAAAUUAAUCAGAAUCGGACACCCAGCACGAUUAUUAAUGAAAAAUUUACAACAUUCAUUAGAAAUAUUAUCGAAAACUUAUGGUCGUGAUAUUAUUAAUGAAAUACUAAAUGACAUUCAAUCGGUGUUAACCAAAAUUAAAAAAUGUAAAAAAUACGGUGAACGGAAAGCAUUGUACUCAGAAUUAAAGUUGUUGAAAAAAGAAUUACGACAACGGGAACGGAAAAUCGUUAAUGAAUUGUUGGUACAAGCACAGGUUGUUGUUGCUACUUUACAUGGAUCUGGAUCAUAUGAAUUGAAAAACAGUGUUGGUACCAAUAACAAUGAAGGUAUUGUAUUUGACACAAUCAUUAUUGAUGAAGUAUCGCAAUCAUUGGAACCUCAAUGUUGGAUACCAUUACUAUUGAGUAAUAGAUUCAAACGAUUAGUUAUAGCUGGUGACAAUAUGCAGUUACCACCAACUAUAAAAACACAAAAGAGCAACUCAUCGUCGCCGUCGUCGUCGUCGUCCUCUGCUUCAAUAUUGGCAACCACUUUAUUUGAUAGAUUAAUGAAACAUUGUCACGGUGAAAAGUACAAAAAAUUAUUGGAUGUCCAGUAUAGGAUGAAUAAAAGUAUAAUGCAGUUCCCCAGUAUGCAGUUGUAUGAUAAUCAAUUGAAAUGUGAUGAUUCUGUGCGAGAAAUUAGUUUAGUUGAUUUACCAGGCGUUGAAAUCAACGAUGAUACAAUGACGAAAUGUAUAUGGUAUGACACUCAAGGUGGUGAAUUUCCUGAACAGAUUAGCGAAUCAAUUGAUGGGGAUUCUAAAUACAAUGAUAUGGAAUUAUUAGUUGUCAAGGGACAUAUUAAGAAACUAUUAUCUAGUGGGGUCCAGCCACAAGAUAUUGGUGUUAUUGCUCCUUAUUCGGCACAAGUCCAAAAUCUAAAAAAACAAAUGGGGUUGGGAGGUGAAGUUGGCAGUAGUGCUAAUGGUGAUAAGGACGGUCAAAUUGAAAUUAGCACUGUUGAUGGUUUCCAAGGACGAGAAAAAGAAGUGAUCAUAUUGACAUUAGUAAGGUCGAAUGAUUCACGAGAGAUUGGGUUUUUAAGUGAACAAAGAAGAUUAAAUGUUGCUAUGACAAGACCUAAACGACAACUUUGUGUUGUAGGAGAUUUAGAAUUGAUGAAUCAAAGUGGUAAUAAAUUUCUACAAAGUUGGAGUAAGUUUGUUGAGGAUGGAAAUAAUGAUGGUGACGUUAUUUUCGAAAUCGAGUAUCCCAAUUUGGAUGAUUAUAUAGAGAACUGA